CUGUGGGUCCUGCAUCCACACUGUGAGCCGCUGCCGGCACGCUAAUGAGCUUCACCGCUAAGCCACGAAAGUUGUGGAUUGAGGAGUCCUUCUCCAAGAGAGAGUGUGUGAAGUUCAUCCCUUCAUCUCGCGACCUGCACAGAUGUAUUCCCGUAUGUCAAGUAUGCCAAAACUUGAUCAGAUGUUGUUGUGGCCGCCUGAUCAUGGAGCACCAUUGGCACGAGUCCUUCCCCCCCGUAUCCCUCUAUCCUGGUCCUGGCCUGGAAGAGGACUGGUCCAUAGAGCGCCACACCAAAGCCAGUCCCACCAACGCCUACGGGACCAUAGACUUCCAGGACACCGCCACGCGCGUCUGCCGAGCCAAGUUUGUCCGUGUGGGCGUGGACUCCAAGCCAGAGGUGCUUCUCCAACUCAUGUUGAGAGAGUGGCAGAUGGAGAGACCCAAGCUGCUGCUGACUGUCCAGGGGGGCUCGGAGAACUUCCCCCUUCCCCUUAAAGUCAAGCAGGCCUUCAGCAAAGGGCUGAUGACUGCCGCGCUCAGCACCGGGGCGUGGAUACUCACCGACGGCAUUAACACAGGUGUGUCCAAGUAUGUGGGCGAGGCAGUGAAAACGUUUGGGGGCCACAACCUAAGGAAGAGAAACACCGUCGGCAUCACGCCGUGGGGAGUCAUAGACAACCACAUGGACCUCAUCGGCAGAGAUGUGUUCAGGCCCUACCAGCCACUGGGGAACCCUCUGAGCAAAAGGGCCUGUCUUAAUGGUUUCCACUCACACUUUCUGUUGGUGGAUGAUGGAACGCUGGGAAAACAUGGCUGCCAACAAGGUCUCAGGAGGAAGCUGGAGAAACACAUCCAUCUACAGAAGAUACACCCUCGACUUAACCAAGGCGUGCCUGUGGUGUGUGUGGUAGUGGAGGGAGGCCCUUCCCUCGUGUCCACAGUGCUGGACUACGUUAGCAACGUGCCCCCUGUGCCAGUGUUUGUGUUCGAGGGAUCGGGCAGGGCUGCCGACCUGAUCGCCUUCCUGCACAAGCAGACGUCUGCUGACAGGCCGUUGGAUGCUGAUAUUAAAGAGGACUUCCUCGUCAGGAUUGGAAAUGUGUUCGGGGUUGAGUCAGCAGAAGCUUCUCAUCUCUGCAGUGUCCUUCUGCAGUGUAUGAAUCACCGAGAGUCUAUAACCAUCUUUGACUCUGAGUCGGAGGACCAAACGGCGCCUGAUGCAGCCAUUUUGACAACUAGUCUCAAGGGCACCAAGGCCAGUCCUGCAGAGCAGCUGAGCAUGGCCCUGGCCUGGGACAGGGCUGACAUAGCACAGAAAGACGUGCUGGUGUACGGACAGCAUUGGAAGGUGGGUUCCUUGGAGCAGGCCAUGCUGGAUGCUCUGGUGAUGGACCGGGUCAGUUUUGUCAAACUGCUGAUUGACAACGGCAUGACCAUGAGCCGUUUCCUUACUGUGGAUCGCCUGGAGGAGCUCUAUAACAUGCCACAGGGGCAGACGGGCAGUUUCCUACGCCACCUUGUUGAAGAUGCAAAACAGACUUCUCUUCCCAUAGGUUACCGUCUGUCACUAAUUGACAUGGGCCUGGUGAUAGAGUACCUCAUCGGAGGAGCGUACCGCAGCACCUACACACGGAAACACUUCAGAGCGGUCUACAACAGCCGAUUGGACAAAGAGGCUACAUGGGACAGUUCUGCCUCCGUGUCGAAACAGGGACGGGGAUUCAUUCCAUACUCUACAAGGGGCCGGGCCCUUCAGGACAUGCAAUUAUUUAGAACAGCUCAACCCUACAAAUACAAUUUGGAGCAGGAUAUGUCACCCGGGAGCAGUGGGGAGAUCCCGUCGAGCCCCGGCCUCGGUGACGCUCUGCUGCUGGUUCCUUUCAACUUCAACGACCUGUUCGUGUGGGCCAUACUUCAUCAGCGUCAGCAGAUGGCGCUCUUCCUGUGUCAGCACGGCGAGGAAGUGCUGGCGCGUGCGGCCGUGGCCUUUAAACUCUACCGCUCCAUGGCCCACCAGGCGCGGCUGAGCAGUAUGGACGACAACAUUUCAGAGCGAUUCAAGACACACUCACUAGAGUUUGGUCAGCUGGCGGUGGACUUGUUAGACUGUGCAUUUCGCCAGAAUGAGCAGAUGGCCAUGAAGCUGUUGACUUCAGAGAUGGAGGCAUGGAGUCACUUCACCUGUCUGCAGAUGGCCGUCUCUUCAUGUCAUCGACCAUUCGUCUCCCACUCCUGCACUCAGACUCUCCUCACCGACCUCUGGUCCGGUCCGCUCAACAUGAGGAAAAACUCCUUUGUCAAGAUCAUUCUGAGCCUUCUCCUGCCCCCUGCCAUCUUACUUCUGGAGUUUAAAAGCGAAGCGGAAAUGUGUCACGUUCCACAAUCCCAUGAGGCAAUGCUCUUUGGACUUGAGCCUGUGAAGUCUGCACCACCCGACGAGGGCAGUCGGGAUGCGGAGCGAGGCCUGUCGUCCCGUGGCAGAUGUUUUGGUCACGUGUCAGAAACUGUAUGCUCUACAACGCUGCUCUGUUUUUCCUGGAUCACACGAGUCUAUGACUUCUACGCAGCUCCUGUUGUCAAGUUUUGGUUUCACACAGUUUUCUACUUGGCCUUUCUGAUGUUAUUCUCCUACGUCGUCCUGGUGGAGAUGCAGGAUCUACCCAGUGUACAGGAGUGGCUGGUCAUAGCAUACAUCUUGUCCACUGCCGUGGAGAAAACCAGAGAGGUACUCAUGUCUGAGCCGAGAAAGCUGAGCCAGAAGCUGAAGAUUUGGUUCUCAGAGUACUGGAACAUCUCGGAUGUCAUUGCCAUCCUCUUCUUCCUGACCGGAUUGACCCUGCGUUGGUAUGCUAAUCCGUACAAGACGGCAGGACGGAUCAUUUACUGUCUGGACAUCAUCUUCUGGUUCGUCAGGGUGCUGGAUCUGCUGGCGGUCAACCAGCAUGCUGGCCCUUACCUCACCAUGAUCACCAAGAUGACCAGUAACAUGUUCUUCAUAGUGGUGAUGAUGGCAAUAGUGCUGCUGAGCUUCGGGGUGUCCAGGAAGGCCAUCUUGUCGCCAGAUGAGGAGCCAUCCUGGAGCUUAGCUCGAGACAUAGUCUUCCAGCCCUACUGGAUGAUCUACGGAGAGGUCUACGCAUCCGAGAUUGAUCCGUGUGACGACGGUCAGCCGUGUCCUCCUGCCUCCUUCCUUGUGCCAUUCCUCCAGGCGGUGUAUCUGUUCUUCCAGUAUAUCAUCAUGGUCAACAUCCUCAUUGCAUUUUUUAAUAACGUAUACUUUGACAUGGCAUCAACCUCUAAUAAACUGUGGAAGUACAACCGCUAUCGCUACAUAAUGACCUACCAGGAGAGGCCGUGGCUGCCUCCGCCACUCAUCCUCCUCAGUCACCUGACAUCAGGUGUGAAAGCCAUCUACAGGAAAUUGAUUGGAGAUGCUGAUCAGGAGGAGAGGGGCUCAGGACUUAAGCUCCGGCUGGGCCUUGAGGAUCGCAAGAGGCUCCACGAGUUUGAGGAGAAAUGUGUACAGGCCUACUUCCACGAGAAGAGCGAAGGCCUCCACGGCAGUCAAAUCAACCGGAUCAGAGCCACAGCCGAGAGAGCCGAGGAGAUGUGCACGAUGGUGGGGGAGGUCUCGGAGAAGGUCAUCUUCAUUCAGGACAGCCUGUUGGAUCUGGACUGUCAGCUGGGUCAACUCCAGGACCUGUCGGCUCUGGCCGUGGACACCCUCACUCUGCUCUCUGCUUCGGACAGCCUGCAGCAGGAGGAGGCCCGCCUGGUUCAAUGUCGGCUGAUCACAGCAUCCCGGCACACCCUCCCUCACAGCUGGACCCUCCCUCACAGAAGUGAAGCCGACUGGGAUGUCCUUCAAGUGCGUCAAGUCAUGCCCAGGUCGUGGAAAAGUACCCCGCCUUCUUUUCUGCAGGGUUGUACUCAGGAGUGCAAUGUCGGAGCCAAGGGAAGCAGACAAGGACACAAUGAAGAUGGAGAGGAAGGAGUCAAUCAGUCUGCAACUGUUGCCCACCCCGGGGAGAAUUGGCUGAGCGUCCCUAGACCUUCGUAUCAUGCUUCCUUCUCUCACUUUUACGGAGAUAGUGUUCAUCUGUAUGGUUUCAGGGAUCAGACACCCUGUCAGUCUUCUGGAUCAUCUCCUCUUUCUCCCAGAAGCUUGGAGUCAGCGCAUCAUAAACUUUGGACAUGUGAGCCCCACUUGCAUCCAAGUCAGGAGGAAACAUCCGUGGAAGAGGAGGAAGAAGAAGGACCAAAAGAAGAAGAGCCGGAGGAUAAAAAUACCCACGAAGAGCUGUGUAGUGUAGAAUUAUCCAGAGCCUCUUCCAAUGCUUUCCUUCUGUCUGAGCCUCGAGACGUCUCCGAGGGUUUGGUCAACCCUGCCUUUUCUCAGGAUGAUUGCCGACCAAGUUCUCAGUCCAGACCUUCCAGCCAAAGUGGGAGGACUGUGAAAUCUUCCGGAUGGGCAUGUCCGCCGAGAGACCGCCCCUAUGGCCCCUGCACAUCACUGUCAUCGAGCGUGGAGAACAUCGCUAUCUGUGGAGCGCCCCUCACUCUCAUGAGGGGAUCAUACCCUUUGCUCAACGAAACGAGGGACAACGAGAGUUUGUCUGAUGUAAAGAGUCUCAGGGACGACACAUCACUACUGUGCAGCAGGAGCAAAGAGUGGUCCAAGUCCUCUGACUUCACUCACGUCUCAAGCGGCAAAAGAAAAAGACAUAACAGGAAGACGGUGAAGAUUCAAGAGAGCAGUCCAGAGACUAUUCUGUAUUCCUCGAAGGCAACGACGCAGUCCAAUCUGUCUGGUGCCAGCUGGAGAAAGUACCGGAGAUUGAGAGGAGAGCCGACGUGUUGGUCGGCUUCAACCAGUCUCAGUCAACUCAAUUUUGAAUCAUUGGAUUUGUUGAAAAAGCAGGUGUUUUCCCAACAGGAUGUGUGGAGCCCCACUAACUCGUCAUGGAACAGCUGGGCCCGGUCAAUGAGCCGCAGGUCUUCUUUACAGAGUGGGAUUUCCUCUGAAGCAAAAAACUCCUCAUUCCAGUCCUCCGAAAAUUUGUAUCCCAACUACUCAGCUAUGGAGAGAAACAAUCUGAUGAGACUGGCUCACACAAUCCCCUUCACUCCUGUCUCCAUUCGAGGAGGUGAGGAGGUGAGUGUCUACUCUCUGGAGGAAUUGUCCUCUGAUGUUCACCCAGAAUGUGGCACAGAUUCCUCCUGGUCGACACAAGGCCUGUCUGCCAUGCUGCAGCCCCUCUCCAGUGAAGAGGGCUCUUUGGAUGGGGGUCUCCGGCAGGGCUGCAGGGUGCUGUGUACCUGGGCAGAACGCGACGUGCUUAGACCUGGUCUGGUGUACGUGGUGAAAGCCUUCAGGCCGGAGGUGAUUCGUGCCUGGCAAAGGUACCUCCAUGGUAGUACGGCACUGCAGCUUUGUUUGAGGGAGAUCCAGCAGCAGAGAGCAGCCCAGAAGAUGAUGCAAGUCUUCAACUCCAUCAAACCCGACGAUAUGCAUCACUCACCGAGGUUUCUAGAUGUAGCGCUGAUCCUCUGGCAUUCGAAUGGCCAGUGGCUGACUAUUGAGAGGAACAUGGCCGGGGACUUCAGGAAGUACAACAACAACAAUGGAGAAGAGAUCACCCCCUGCUGUUCACUGGAAGAAAUGCUGCUGGCGUUCUCCCACUGGACAUACGAGUACUCCUGCAGAGAGCUUCUGGUGCUCGAUAUGCAAGGUGUAGGAGAGGAGCUGACUGAUCCAACAGUUAUUAUGGCAGACAAUGAAAGUGGGAGUAGGAGUGAGGUGCAUUUUGGUCCAGAUAACCUCGGAGAUGCUGCUAUCAGCGGUUUCCGGCAGAAACAUUGUUGCGGAGCCUGUUGCCACAGACUGGGCCUAGCAGAUUUAAGAAAAAGUCCGAACAGCUGCAAGAACAGUAGCGAGGCGGAGCCGACAAGAGAAGAAGAACAAGAGGCCGACGAAACCGUGAUGUAACCGCUGACCAAGGAAGUAGGGGAAGAUCCACAUAUGCACUUUUAUCAACACAUGUGAGGCAAGGCAAGGCCGUUUUAUUUGUGUAGCACAUUUCACAGUACAGACCAUGUCUCCUUGAACAGACACAGACACAUGUUCUCUUAAAAUAUGUUCAAAUCUGUUCUCGAGUGUCCUGCUUUGCAGGGAGAGAAGAGAGGGAACUCUAAUCACAAGCAGUCUGUGACAGGACAAUCAAGAUUUUGUCCCUGUAAUUUAAACAAACAAUCUAAUAUAUUGACUGAAUACUGUUGGCAGCAGGGGAGUUUAGCAGGUAUUCUUUAAAAUAAUUAUACUGUGUUGUAUGAAUCAUAAAAGAAAAUAUUGUUAUAUGGUUUUCUAAGACAUUUUUCUGAACUUUGUAUGCAAAUAUUUUGACAUUAAAGUAAUGAGUAUAAUUGUUAUAAUGAACAAGCACCUGUACAUUGUUCAGUUAUUAUAUAAAUAUUUGACCAUGUAUGUGUUAGACAAAAAGAAGGCAGAAAUGCAUCAAUAAAAUUUAUUUUAUUUUUUUCUUCCCACAACAAAGUGUCUACAAAAGCGAUAAAAUAUAGAAUUUUACAAAAAUCACUUCGGACCUUCAUAUUGUAUGUACAUCUCAAAGGAGGACUCGGAGAGGGCCCUGCAUAGCUCUGAACUUCCACCCAUGCUCAUCCAUCAAGUGUGGAUUUGUGACUCUGGAAGCAGACUGCGUCUGUUACUCUCAUGUGAAAACAAGAAAAAAGUCUAGAGCAGAGCUGAUGGUUUCAUAAAGGAGUCAGAGCUUGGAGUCCAGCAGAGUCCCCUUUCUCCAAAUGGAAAAGCAUCAAAUGGGAAAGCUGUUUGUCAGUGUAAUCGAGUUUUCCUCGGAGUUCUCCUUUUUUAAUUUUUUUUUUUUUUCUUCAAGUAAA